GUCCUCACCAAGCCGCCCGCCGCCUCCAGCUGCAGCCAUGUUCGUCGCUCCUCCUGGUUAUCAGCCAAUCUACAACCCGGCACUUCCCUACCUGGGGCCCAUCUACGGAGGCCUGAGGGACGGCGUGUCCAUCUACUUCCAGGGAACUGUCCCUCAUCACAUUAACAGGUUCUUCAUAAACCUGCUCUGCGGAGAGUCUGAGUCCAGCGACAUCGCCCUGCACUUCAACCCUCGCUUCGACGGCAAAGACAAGGUCGUCUUCAACACCUGCCAGAAUGGUUCGUGGGAGUCGGAGGAGAAGGUCCGAAGCAUGCCCUUCAGCAAAGGCAAGGCCUUCGAGAUGCUCAUCUCAGCCACGUCACACGGCUACAAGAUUAAAGUAAAUGGGAACGAGUUCCACCACUUCAAACACCGUAUCCCUAUGGAGAGAGUGCGUGCGAUGCACAUCGCAGGAGACGUUUCCAUCCAGACCAUCAACGUCAUUGGGGGCGGAUACCCAGGCGCAGGAAUGGGAGGCGGAUACCCAGAAGCAGGAAUGGGAGGAGGAUUCCCCGGCAUGGGCGGUCCAGUGGGCGGCCAGUUCCCGGGACCUCAGCUGCCGGGCAUGUCCGGCCAGCCCAUCUACAGCCCCCCCAUGCCGUUCUCCAGCGUGGUCCCAGGGGGCAUGUUCCCAAAGCGGACCGUCGUCAUCAGAGGCCUGGUUCCCUACGGAGGAGAGAAGCUGAGCAUAAACUUCCUGGUGAGCAGAUCCCGGGACAUCGCGUUCCACCUGAACCCCCGGGUGAAGGAGGGGAUCGUGGUGAGGAACAGCAUGAUCGGCGGCUGCUGGGGCCAAGAGGAGCGGGAGCUCAGCCUGAGCCCGUUCGUGGAGGGCCAGUACUUCGACGUGAGCGCCAAACGCUCCUCCGCUCUGUUCCUCUGUUCUGUCUGUGGUUCUGCAGGUCCUCACGUGUCCGUUCUUGCUCCUCAGAUGUCGAUCCGCUGCGGCAACGGGAGGUUCAAGGUCUUCGUGAACGGGCAGCACCUGUUCGACUUCGUGCACCGCUUCCAGUCGUGCGGCGAGAUCGACAUGCUGGAGAUCGGAGGCGACGUGCAGAUCUCCUACAUCCACUUCUGACCUGUGGAACGUGCACGCGCGCUUCUGUUGGAGCUCAAAGCUGAAGCAAUAAACACCAGCAGCUCUGA